AAGUUGCUGCAGAAUUAAAAAAGACGUUUUGAAGAGCAAGUGUGUCUUCCCUCUCUUAUAAAAAGAAGAAAAACCAGGAGGUUUUAAGGAAAUCGGUGCGUCUGCUGAAGAAGUAUUAAAAUUUUUUUUUUAGUUCAACAUGUUUUCCCUAGUAAAGUUUGACAAUGACGGUGACUUCUAUGUUGUCAAAACAAAAGACGUGAAGCAUCACAAUUCCGACAAUUGUAUUGUAAAGUAUAAAGGCUGUUCGUACUCCGCAAUUUUCAUUAAAGCUGACGAUAAUAAAGAAAAUCUUGAAGAGAAGAAACAAAGUGAGAAUUUAAUGGGGACAAUAAACGCGGAGAAUCAAGAAACACAAAUAGCACCAAGAAUUCCUGCGAGCCGUGGUCGUGCUUAUCAAAAUAUUUCACCGUCGACAAUGUUAUACAUGAAAGAGUAUAUAAAAAAUCUACCUCCACUAGGAUCAAACAGAUCAGAUAAAGAGCCUAUGUCUUCAGUCACUAUACAUGGUGAAAAUAACGCAUCGGAUUCGGAAGAGAAUAAUACGACAGAUUUUUCAUCUUUUGAAACUAUAUCAAGAGGACAAUUUGAUUUAUCAAGAUUAUUUAAAUUCUCCUUGAUCACAUAUGACGAUUCAGAAUUUUGUGUAGUAAAUUCCAAAUCUAUAACACAAAUCCAAGGAGGUACGUGUGUGGUGAAAUGUAAAGGCGGAAAAUAAAUAAAACAGCUAUUGAAGAUAGAGAAAACAAAAAAAGAUCUAAGAAGGAAGAUUUGCCAAAAAAAAAAGAUAUCAAACAACUUUAUGAUUUUCUAAGAACCAAAAUGGUAUAUUCUAUAGCUACAUUAACUAAACAAUUUAUCUUUGAUGAUUGGAAAAAUCUUUUGGAAACUACUCUAAUAUGUCUACAAGUGUUCAAUCGACGACGAGCCGGUGAGAUCGAGAGAAUAACUAUUGAAAACUACAAUAAGAAGGAAACUAUUACUGACAAUAUAGAAGCUGGAUUUAUUGAUAAUAUUUCUAACCAAUCUUUUGAAUUCGCUAAACAGUAUGUAAGAAUUACCCUAAGAGGCAAAUUAGGACGUACUGUCAGCAUAUUGCUGGAUCCUUUAAGUAGAAAGGCAGUUGACCUUAUAUUAAAGCAUCGCAACAGUGCCGGAAUCCCGAAAUCAAAUCACUAUAUUUUCUCGGCUCCCGGAUCAUCAGGAAUAUCAAAAAAAUAUAUAAGAGCUUGCCCGUUAUUACGCAAGUUUGCCUUAGAGUGUGGGGCUACUAUUCCUCACACAUUAAGAGGAAAUAAAUUAAGGAAGCAUAUAGCAACGUAUACAGCUUUGCUAAACGUUGAAGAAGCCACAGUGGAUAAGCUAGCAAAUUUUCUUGGGCACCAUAAGGAUAUACACAAAAGUAUUUAUAGAGUAUCGGUACCAAUGGCGGAAAUCACCACAGUGUCCAAGAUUUUGCUGUCAGCUGCUGGUUGUAGGAAUGAGGAAAACUCCGAAAAUAAUAGUUUUGAUAAUCUUCGUGGAAACAUAUCUUCCGAAUCUGAGUCAUCAUCUGAUGAAUCAGAUAAUAUUACAUAUGGCGCAAAUUUGGUAAAAAAGAAAAUUAGUAAUACUUCUUGCGGAAAAACAAAAAAAUGCCGGUGGACAAUCGAUGAGCAAGAAGCUUUGACUGCUGAAUUUGGGGAUAUUUCUUCAAUGGAAAAGUUGCCAUCUUUCAAGGAGUGCAUGAGGGUCGUGUCUGAAAAUGAAGUGCUAUGCUGCAGAACCCCAGCACAAGUAAAAACGUUUAUAGACAACAAAAGGAAAAAAGGCAAAAAAAUUAAGUUAUUUUACAAUGCAAUGUUGUUAAAUUAAUAUAUACACAAUGUGCACUAAAUCUUGUAUUAAUUUCAUAUUGUAGAUACAAAAUAUUUGACCAACAAUUUUUUCCAUUAGGUCUUGUAGUAAAUUAUUAUACACAUUAUAAUAUAAUUAUAAAUGUAUACUUAUAUAAAAAAAAAUAAGUCAUAUAAUUUAAUACAAACCGCUUUAUUUAUAUACACGAAUAUAAAAACUUCAAAUGUUUAUUUAAAAUUAAGAGUGUAAUAAAAUUGCACUAUAACUCUAACUGUAUUAUAAAUAUAUAAAAUAUUUAAUAAUAUCGAAAGAAAACACUUUAUAUAAAUCAUCAUAUGAAUUUUACACGUUUCUUUUAAAUUAAAUUAAUUUGUUUAAAUUUAUGUUUGCAAUAAACAUAGUGUUUAUAUGAACAACUGACAAUUACAAUAUA